AUGCAGACAACAAAUCUGAGAUUCAUGGUAGACAUGUCUACUUAUCAUGCACUGCAUCCGCCGACAGCCGACGCACCUCAAGAUAUCGCCUCACCGGGUGGCGACCUCAUGGAUCAUGCUGUUAUGCAGGCCAAGGAGCCUCCGGGAGAUGAAUUCCUUCUCACACUGCCCGCAACAGUACCAGGCUUCGGCUUUCACAAUAAGAGAUUCGGUAUGUCCAUGCCUCGCAACCCAAACCAUGAUGAAACUAACCUGAUCANNGUUGACCUCUCACUACGUAACAUCAAGGAAGUGAUAUGGGACAAGGACGCCUUUCAAAACUUGGUCAUGGACNGAGAAAAGAAGAGCCUACUCGAAGCGCUUGUGGUUGUUCAAGGCGAUCGAAGUCAAAAUCAAGUGCCGGACGUCAUCGAAGGAAAAGGCAAUGGACUCAUACUCCUACUUCAUGGUCCUCCUGGAACAGGAAAGACGUUGACAGCAGAGAGCGUGGCAGAGCGGGCACAAAAGCCGCUGUAUAGAGUCACCUGCGGAGAUAUCGGAACGCAUCCGGAGAAAGUCGAGAGAUAUCUAGAUUCCGUCCUCUUCAUCGGCAAGACCUGGGAUUGUGUGGUUCUGCUGGACGAAGCUGAUAUCUUUCUGGAGGAGCGAUCGCCCUCGGAUCUGAAACGCAAUGCGCUUGUCUCUAUCUUCCUCCGUGUACUGGAAUACUACGAUGGUAUCCUCAUUCUGACGACCAAUCGCGUUGGUACAUUCUNNGAUGAGGCUUUCAAGUCACGGAUCCAGCUGGCAGUUCAUUACCCAUCUCUGAAACGGCCUGACCGAGAACAGAUCUGGAAACUGAUUAUUGAUUCUAUCAAGAAAAAGGAUGAGGUCAAGGUCACCGACGCUCAGCUUUUCAGGCUCGCGGAACAUCCCCUGAAUGGAAGACAGAUAAGGAAUACGAUAAAGACAGCGAGCCAGCAAGCCUUCUACCAAAAAAGCUGCCUGACAUAUGGCCAUCUGCAGACUGCGAUCGAUGUUGCUAGGGAGUUUGAAGAUUACAUUCACAAAGCCAGAGGCCAGACGGAUGAAGAGAGAGCGGAGGAUAUCAUGGUCAGAGCUCCGGAGCGCAGGGAAUGA